UCUUUUGGACACAGGGACACGGAGACAAGCUGAGGACUAAGUAUAGGAUGCUAGAAGGAAAAAACAACAACGAAAAACUGACGCGAAUGACGAAACUUUAUGAUAUUUAGACGAUAGAGAGAUUAUUAUUAUUAUUAUUAUUAUUAUUAUAAGAGCUAUAAUAAUCCAAAAGGCGCAGCUGGACUCUGAAGUGCGCGCAUGACUUAAAGAGCACUAAGGCAGCUGAGUGAGGGGAAGUUGAGUGGGUUUCAGUGAAAGACAGAAGGAAAAACGUGCUUUUAGAGAGAGAGAGAGAGAAGUGAUGGCAGGGUGCUGUUUGUCCGCGGAGGAGAAGGAGCGCAGGAGGAUCAAUCAGGAGAUCGAUAAACAGCUCCGGCGCGAUAAAAGCGACUCCAGGAGAGAGCUGAAGCUCCUGCUGCUUGGCACAGGUGAGAGCGGGAAGAGUACCUUUAUUAAACAGAUGCGCAUCAUUCACGGUGCCGGCUACUCUGAGGAAGACAAGAAAACUUUCACGAAGCUAGUGUUCCAGAAUAUCAUCACAGCUAUGCAGUCCAUGAUCAGAGCUAUGGAGACGCUGUCAAUAUCGCUGGGCAGUCCUGAUAACCAGGCCAGUGCUGAUUUGCUGCUCGAAGUGGAUGUUGAUAAGAUGAUGGAGUUGGAGGAAAGCUAUGUGGAAGCCAUCCGCUGCCUGUGGAAGGACCCAGGCAUCACUGAAUGUUACGACCGACGCCGGGAAUACCAGCUGACUGAUUCUGCCAAAUAUUACCUGAGUGAUCUGGAUCGCAUUGCUACUCCGGGAUAUGUGCCCACCGAGCAAGACAUCCUGAGGGUACGAGUGCCCACCACUGGUAUCAUCGAGUACCCGUUCGACCUGGAUAACGUCAUCUUCAGGAUGGUGGACGUGGGAGGGCAGAGGUCCGAGCGCAGGAAGUGGAUCCAUUGCUUCGAGAACGUGACCUCCAUUAUCUUCCUAGUGGCUUUGAGCGAAUACGACCAAGUCCUUGUUGAGUGUGACAACGAGAACCGUAUGGAGGAGAGUAAAGCUCUGUUUAAGACCAUCAUCACGUACCCAUGGUUCCAGCAGUCUUCAGUCAUCCUUUUCCUCAAUAAAACAGACAUUCUGAACGAGAAGAUCGUCUAUUCCCACCUAGCCACUUACUUUCCAGAGUUCACAGGCCCCCAAGGUGACGCUAAAGCAGCGCAGGAGUUUAUUCUGAAGAUGUACCAGGAGCAGAACCCUGACAAAGACAAGACCGUGUACUCCCACUUCACGUGUGCCACCGACACCGAGAACAUCCGCCUGAUCUUCGCCGCAGUGAAGGACACCAUCCUGAGAAGCAAUCUGAAAGAUUUCAACCUAGUCUAAACCAGAUUUUGAGUCUCAAAGUCAGAACUAAGUCUUAACCUCUUCCUCUUUGACAGAACUUUUCUCUUGGCACAUUUUCUCUCGGUCUCUAUUCUGGAUGGCGAAACGAUCUUCCAGAAGUGUUUAGGGGAAGGAAUCGGGGACAGAACUGGGAUUGGAGAUUCAGGUUCACACUUCACCGUGGCCUUAUUCGGAGUCUGAAGAAGCGGUUGGUCUGUUUUUGGAUCUUCUUCUGAGGCUGUAAACACACUAAAUAGAUGAAAGUAAUUCAGAUGUAGCUACUGAUAAUUGAGCUGCUGAAUGUAGUGGUGAUUUUGGGAAAGGGCAUGAUGCUUAAGAUUUUCUGAAUAUCUAAAAUAAGGGCUGAUUUUCUGAAUGUUUAAAGAUAUUAAAAAUUGUUUGUCCUUGACUGUACAUGUAUAUAAAUACUUACGAAUGAGCAAAAUUACAGAAGUACAAAAAGUUUACGUUUGUAGCAAUAUGCAAAACACACAAACAACUGUAGGGAGAAAAUGUCUUCAACGUGCCUUAACUUAGUCGCACUUGCCUCAAGUCGAAUUGCGAAAGGUCAACUGUAUGCUAUUUAUUUUAGUUUAAAACAACAAAUGUACAUUUCUUUCAAAUAUAACUUGUAAGUUUUGGAAAGAUAAACCUUAUACUGUUUUCCUCCUCUCAUGAUCCAGCAUCAGUUGCUGUUAAGAACGCUUGAGAAUGUCUGAGAAAGUAAAACCAAUCUUUAGUACCUUUGACGACAUCUUUGACAAAAAGUAGUAAUGGCUUCCUGGUGUAUAAAAUGUGUAGUUAAUGUAUUUUGUG